UUUACCGAUCUAAUGAUUCGUGUUAGAUUCAGUUUUUGUAAAGUUCGUUAUUUGUUUGUGUUGUUUUUUUUCUUGCAAACUGUUACUUGCAAUUUGGUCACUCUUUGUUGAUGCAAUAUUUACGUUACUACAGGAGAAGUGAAGCGCUGUUUAAAUGGCAAUAAUAACAGACUCCUUUCGCGCAUUUACUCUGUCAGUGUCUAUCACUCUAGUAUCAGUGUUUACAUUUUGUCAUGCUUGAUGAAAACUAUGACAAAUGAUAACUUACCCGAGGAAACUUGAGCCGUAGACUUAGCUGGAAUUUGAAUCAAAACGUUUCCCCAUUGGUUUAUCUAUUGUUUAUUUUGCAGUUUUGCUUCAUCCUUAAUACUGCAUACAGUACUAAACACUUCAUAGUGACAGAAUGCUUAAAAACCAAACGAAAUGCCAGAUAAACAUUUCAUUUUCUCUUUUGUGUAAGGUGAGGGUUUGCUGAAGUGACUUAGGCCAUUUGUAGUUAGUAAACAUCUUAGUUGUCUCUUCAAUUUUAGUGUUUUAUGUGGUAUAUGCAAAGGGGGAAUGAAAUGUUCAUGACCCUUUGAGGUUAGUCUUUCUUUAAAACAAAAACAAAAAAAACAAACCGUGAAUAUGACUGGAUUGAGAUCAGUUUUGCCAACAGGAUACAGACCUCUUCCGUUUUCUUGUUUUGCUUCUGCAUGUGUGCAUUUGUUUGCCUGGAGGUCUGCUUGUGAUCUUUGUAAGAAUGUUAAAAAAAAUUUCCAUGCCAACUGAAAAGGCAUCAGAUGAUAGCCGUACCCACUUGGCUUAAUAACCAAAGUUAUCACAUGAUUGUAAAGCUGUGACAUCACUCAAGGUCAUCAGCAGGGGUGCAGUGGAUAAGUUUGGUUCUGACACAGAGGAAUGAGUCAUGACCUCUGUGGUGAUAGUAGAUGGAGGAGGGAAUAUAUUGGAGUAUGUCACUGGAGAUGAGGAAGCACAGCAGGAGGUUUGUCCUGAUGGGGUGGAGCCUGACGGAGAGAAGCACUGUCCUGCAGUGAUAGUGGAGCAGGUGAAUAGUGCCGAUUUGGAGCAGUGUUAUGCUGCGCAGGUGUUAGUCUAUGACGAUCAGAAUACCUACCUGGUGCAGGAUGUGGCUGAGGAACAAAUUGUUGAGACUGAGUUGCAGGAGAUGGCAGCAGUGGAGGUCUCAGUGCAUGAUAAAACUAUUGAGGCAGCCGAAGCUCUGCUCCACAUGGAUUCACCAGCCAGCUUGCAGGGGGAUCGCAGUACAGAGGAGCUUUUAUCUGAGAUGGAGGUGGAAGUGAGAACUGAGGAUAUGGGACCUGUUGCCAAGGAUAUUGUUGUCCUGCAGGAGGCAGAUAUGCUGAAAAAGAAGAAGAGAGCAGGACGAAAGCCCAGAACUCCACAAAAUUGCUGUGAAGGUUCUCUGGAUCUGGUCUAUAAGAGGAAAUCAAAAGACAGCAAGGGCUCAACUACUUACCUGUGGGAGUUCCUGUUGGACCUUCUGCAGGACAAGGAAACUUGUCCAAAAUACAUUAAGUGGACUCAGAAGGAGAAGGGCAUAUUCAAGCUUGUGGACUCCAAAGCGGUGUCUAAAUUAUGGGGCAGACAUAAGAAUAAACCUGACAUGAACUAUGAGACAAUGGGGAGAGCACUCAGGUAUUACUACCAACGGGGCAUUUUAUCAAAAGUGGAAGGCCAAAGACUUGUGUACCAGUUUAAGGAGAUGCCCAAAGACAUUGUUUUUAUUGACGACGACAAUAUGGACGACAGCAUAGACGAGGGAAAGAGAGAAACCCCAGCCGCAUCCAAUCGCAGCAAUCCAAAAAGCAAAGGGACGCCAGUUUCUCCCUCUUCUGCUGUACCUAAAGUCAUCAAUCUAUCCUCAGGACAAGAUGCCUUUAUGACCGUGCAACAGUCACCAGAAAACAUAGCAACAGCCCCUGGGACAGUGAGGUUGGCCAUGCAGGUUCCUGUUCUCAUGACGACACAGGGUCAGAAAAUCUCAACAGUAACUGUCAACUCGCCCUCCGUCCGGUCACCGAUCCUCUCCAUGCCCAACUCAGUCGCUGGGGGUAACAACGCAGGCAAAAUGGUUCUUCAGGCCGUGCCAACGCUAGUGCCUGCUCAGGGGCAAAGCGGUGAAAGAAUCACCUUACAGCUCAUCACCCUUCCCACCAUGCCCGGCAAACCCGGCACUCCCAUCACUCUGAGCACGUUCUCCCCCCUCACCGUGCCUACCAGCAACACACAAGUCUUGAAGCUCGCCGUCCCCUCCAACAUCACCACGUCCGCCUCCACAGCUCCUGCAACCGUGGUGACCUCGCAGCCAGCGGUGACCGUGGUGCCGAACGUACAGCCAGCAAUGUCUUUACAGGAUGUGACUAUUAUUAAGGUUGAAUCUCCAGAGGUUUCCGUGGAUCAGACAGUUAACAGUGCUGCAGAAAACACGCCGAGCACAAAGACAAACCCCACGACCACACAGAGCUGAGCAAACAUCAAAUGUCACUGCAUUCACUCACAGGAACCGACAUCAACACUUGUGACACAGAUACAAAUAAAAUGAGUGACGUAAAGACUGGCUGACUUCUGUGAAACGGAUGAAACCAGCACUACAGCUCAAGACGCUUGUUCACUUCCCUACACUAUAACCACCAUGUGUAGCCUCAAAUCUGGUUUAGAUUUUGAAAGGCCUUUUUUCUUUCUUUUUCUUCAUAUAUUAAUCUAUUCAAAUCACGCUUCGUUAUAGACGACCAUCUGUGCUGUGAUGCUGUAGGAACGAACCUCACUUGGUGCUAAAGAUUGAGAGCAAGUCACAUGGGUGAAGAGAAUCAGCCAAGAUGCUCGUUUUGAUCACCUGUUAAUUUGGAGCAUAAAAGAAUCUGUGCAUAGAUGUACCUUUGCGGUAGUUAAUGAUAAAUAAAACAAGCAGCCUUAGGUCAGCUUUUUCCUUCUAAGUCAUUACUAAAAGUAAUUGAUUGUGCUUUGUGUACAUAUAAUUUUUUUUUUAAAUAUAUUUUGUACCAGGAAGUGUUUUUUUUUUUUUUUUACAGUUCAAAGGAAACUGUUUUCUGAAGGACAUUCAAAUAAGGACAUUCAAAUCUGUUUUUUUGUUUUCUGUUAUUUCAGACUUUUAAAAAUAAUUUCCUUUCUGUGCAUUUAUCACUUUGUUUUCCACUGCUUUGUAUUUUGCAGGUCAUGUUUUGUUUUUCAUGUGUACAAAAAAGGGAAAGAAUGUCUGAUACAGUAUAUUGAAUAUUCAAUAUAUGAAGCAUAUAUUUUGUUGUAUUCUUACCCUAAAAUGUAUCCAAGUAGAUUUAAAUAUAGAGAAUUAUGCAAACA